AUGUACUGGUUGACUGGAAUCCUGGUGGUGGCCUUAGGGACCCAGGCCCUGAACCUACGGCUUCGGAGGGAUUAUAAUCAUCACCACAGGGGCUGCUGCCACCAGGGGCAAGGCUUUUCUGAGGAAUGGCUGCAGAGGAACAGUGUACCUUCCACACUCUUGCAAGUCUCCAGCAACCUGCAGGUUCCAAAUAUUGAGGUCUCUAAACCUUUCAAAUGCCAGGCCAGCCGGGAUGGGCCCCUCAAUUCCAGGGCCAUCUCUCCCUGGAAAUACGUGUUGGACAGGGAUGAGAACCGGCUUCCCCAGGACCUGUAUCAUGCCCGAUGCCUGUGCCCUCAUUGCAUCAAUCUUCGGUCAGGCCACGACAUAGACUACCGUGGGAACUCGGAGCUGCUCUGGCACAACCAGACUGUCUUUUACCGGCGCCCGUGCCACGGUCACGGUGAGCAGCAGGGAAGCGACUGUUAUUACCUGGAGCCCAGGACCUACCUUGUCUCCUUUGCCUGCAUCUGUGUCCUGCCUCGGAUCAUGGCCUAGCCCAGGAGUUGGGUGCCAGGCCACCCAGCUGGGUGCCAGCAGACCUAGUUCCAUGCCUGAGGGAAUGUUGGAUGAGCACCAGUUUCUGGGCGUCAGGUUUUUUGCCUGGAAACUUGGAGCCCAAGUGAAGAUAAUUGUGGUCGUUAGCAUGAUUGUCUUCUUCCAGGGCUAGAAGCCUGCAAUUGGUUCCUUCCCUUUGCCAGACCCAUCUACUCACUAGCCUCUUAGGGGAAGGGACCAGGUUGGGGUGGUGAGCCUGUGCUCUGGAAAGCCGGUAGGCAUCCUCUGGGGCAGGCUGCUCUUUUCUGGUCGGUAGCAGUACAUUUCCCCUGCAGCCCCGGUCCUGGAAAUCCUGCUCCGCAGUCACCAGACAUCUGCAGAGGGAGCUGCCUGCUCCAGGGAAGGAGCCUGCAGGAGACAAACUCUGCCCCUUUCCAUUUUUGGCCCUCCUUUCCACGACCCUCCCUCACCCCCACUGCCCUAAAGGACCCUUCCUCCCUUCUCCAGGUCUUUUCUCAAUCAAUCAAGAAAUGUGCAUUAAAUGUUUAACUUUUGUACUAGGCCCUUUGGGAGCCAACUUGUUAUACUAUAGAAUGAUGAAUCUGGG